CAUGAUUGCACUUCAAACCCAAAAGUCUAUAUCCCAUUUCUCCUCUCACUCAGUCCUCUUCCUUAUUCUAUUAAUCAAUGAAGGAAGCUGAAGAACAGGCAACAAAUACCGCUGAAACCCAAUUAUAUGGUGAAAGAGGCUUCUCAAAGGUUGUCCAGUACAAGAGGUGGAUACAGAUAGCAAUUCUCGUCAUGUUUCUACUCUUUGGCGAAUCAACUGCAACAAUGUUAGGAAGACUUUAUUUCAACAAAGGUGGAAACAGUAAAUGGAUGGCAGCAUUUGUUCAAACUGCCGGAUUCCCACUUAUGUUCCCCUUCAUCUUCCUCUUCUCACCUUCAAAAACACCACAGGGACACCACCACCAACUCGCCGGAAAACCUUCUUGGACCACCCUAGCGAUUCUUUAUACAACUCUCGGCAUAUCCUUGGCUGUAGACUGCAUGUUGUAUACUUUUGGACUCAAUUUUUUACCUGUUUCAACGUACUCUUUGAUCUCUGCGAGUCAACUCGCAUUCAACGCCUUCUUUUCGUACCUCUUUAAUGGCCAAAAGUUCACUCCUUUCAUCGCUAAUUCACUUGUUCUGCUCAGUUUUUCGUCUACGUUACUUGUGUUUCAGAGUGAUUCUGAAGAGACUAGACGAAUAUCAAAAAGCAAGUAUAUCAUUGGUUUUGUAUGCACAGUCGCUGCUUCUACAGGGUACGGGUUAAUGAUGUCCAUGACACAACUUGCGUUUCAAAAGAUUUUGAAAUCUACAAGCCACAAGGCGGUGUUUGAUAUGAUCAUGUACCAAAACAUGAUAGCAUGUGUUGGAAUUCUCGUGGGAUUAUUUGCUAGUGGUGAAUGGAAAGUUAUAAAACAGGAAAUGAGGGGUUUUGAGUCGGGAAGCGUUUCAUAUAUAAUGAUUCUUCUAGGGACAGCUGUUUCAUGGCAAGUUUUCUCGGCAGGUUGUGUGGGUUUGAUCUUUGAGGUUUCGUCUCUUUUCGCAAAUAUUAUUAGUACUUUAGGUAUCCCGAUUGUGCCUGUGUUGGGUGUCAUAUUUUUUGAUGAAAAGUUGAAUGGAGUGAAGGUGAUUUCCAUGUUGUUAGCUAUAUGGGGGUUUGUCUCUUAUAUCUAUCAACAUUAUCUCGACGACUCGAAAGAAAAAGCAAAGGAAAGACGCAUAAAUCAUGAUCGUGAUGUUAAUCUUGCAUAACCAAGCAGGGUUUGUCUCUUUGUUUCAUUUGAAUUGCCAUAAAAUGACAACCUGGUUAAUAAUGUCCAUAAAAAUAAGUCCAAUUUUGUUUUGCAAGUGAAUAUAUGAGAAUCUUUUGUAUUGAUAGUUCCAUACGCUGACAUUUGUUAUGAGUACAUAUUAUGAAUUAGACGUUCCA